AAGCAGUGAUUUGCACAAUCGCACCAAAAUGGAGUUAUGACAUAAUGCUUAAUGCAGUCAAGGUGUUUGCGAUUUAAUGCCUUAAAAUCACUUUAAUUUUUUGUGUAAUGUUUAUUUAUAAUAAUUAUCUAAGUUCCUAAUUUGCCAAGAAUUACUGCUUUGAUUUUACAAUGCUUUUUAAGACGCCUGCACAAAAGCUUUUGAGUGAAGUAUUUUGACUUCAGUAUUUAAAAUCAUUGGAAACGGAAAAGUCCUCAUUGAGUUGGAGGUACGAAUAGAGAGAAGCAAGUCAUUUCUGUAUUUUUAUAUCGAAAUAUUAAGAAAUCAAAAUGUUAUACCAAGGAAUAUUGUUGAUCUCACUAUUCUUUGCCACUGUGAAUUGCGCCAGCUUCAAUCCGGAAGAGUUUUGCUCCCUACUUACCAACGGUACGCGUAUUAAGGAUCCUCGCGCCUGCAAUGCAUGGAUAACGUGUAUAGAUGGAGAGGCGGUUAGUGGCACCUGUGAAGAUAAUCUAUUUUACGAUCGCAACACCUUCAAGUGCGUGAAUUCGAGCACCAUAGAUUGCCUUUCAAGUAAUCCUUGCGCAGCAUUGAAUGGUGAAAUUGGCUUCAAUGCCAAUCCAUAUAAUUGCAGUACCUAUUACUAUUGUAAUAAGGGCUCGGCAACACCCGGUUACUGUGAUACGGAUUAUACUUUUGACCCAGGAACCAAAGUAUGUGUCAGGGGUUACCCUUGCAAAACUAGCAAUCCAGAAAGCUACUGUAACAUUUUACCGGAUGGUGUAUUUAUCAAAGAUCCAAAUAACUGUGAUGGAUAUAAACUAUGUUGGAAGGGAAAUGUAUUAUCCCGUUCAUGUCCAGCGGGUUAUUAUUAUGAUGCAGUUAAGGGCGACUGUGAUUAUCCAUCAAAUGUGAAUUGUCAGAGUACCACUGUAGCACCAGAUCUACCAGCUUCUGAGUUAUGCAAUCAGACUGGCAUUUUCGUAUCAGAUCGUCAAAGUUGCAAUGGUUUUUACUACUGUCGUGCAGCAACGGAUGGUACGACGGGUAUUGUGCUGCAGCAUGGUGUCUGUUCGAGUGGAAGAUUCUUCAACGCGGCAAACGGUGGCGAAUGUGUGCCUCGCACUGAUAUCGUCUGUAACUAUAAUCGCUGUGUAGGUUUAGCCAGUGAUAAAAUCGAGCUCGCCAACGAGUCUAACGAUGGAUGUCACGGCUAUACAGUCUGCCAAGAUGGCGUAAAAAUCGGAAAUGGUACAUGCCCCGACAAUGGCUAUUUUGAUGAGCUCAAGCAGCUUUGCACAAGUUCCGUUGUAAACUUCCCGGCAUGCGUGUUAUCUUAGAGGUCAUAUUAAUGAGAAAAACUUUUUAUUCAAGCAUAAAUAAGUAAUUAUUAUAUUAUAAUUUAUGCAACAAAUUUUAAUUAUGACGACGAGGUAGAGUAUAAAAUAGACUGA